GGCUCCAGUCGCGACUCCGGGAGCUUCGCACCUUCGUUCGACGUCUUCCGAGCCAUGGCGGAGCAGCUGGCUCGGAUCUUCGGAACCGAGGAGGACCGCGUCAACUGCCCCUUUUACUUCAAGAUCGGCGCAUGCCGCAAUGGCGAUCAGUGCAAUCGCUUGCACAACCGUCCAACGAUGAGUCAGACGCUGCUGUUGUCACACAUGUACCCCAAUACUCCAGAGUCCUUGGCUCUCGCCAAUGAUGAGCCCUGGGAUGACGACAUGUACGACCGUGCACAGGCACAUUUGGAAGCCUUUUAUGUGGAAGUGUUCCUGGAGUUGGCCAACUAUGGAGAGAUUGAGGACUUGGUGGUGGUAGAUAACUUGUGUGACCACAUGAUUGGUAAUGUCUAUGUGAAGUACUACCACGAGGAGGAUGCGGAGCGUGCCCUGAUGAAGCUGACAGGCCGUUUCUACAGCGGGAAGUUGAUCCAAGCCGAGUACACCACGGUGAGCGAUUUCCGUGAGGCGCGCUGCCGAGCCUUUCACGAGACCCGUUGCAAUCGUGGCGCCUACUGCAAUUUCAUGCACAUCAAGCACAUUCCUCGUGCCAUCAAGCGUCGCGUGGUGCGAGAGAUGUACGAUGAUCACCCUGAGUACCUCGGGCAAACGGCCAAAAAGUCCAAGAAGGACAAGGACCGUGAUCGCCGCUCUCGCUCCCGCCGUCGCGACAAGGAGAAGAAGGAGAAGGACCGUGAUCGCGAUCGUGGUGAGCGCGGUGAGGCCCCGCCUGCACGACAGACGUCAGAAGAACGACGUGCCAUGAUCGCCUCUUGGAAUGCGGAGAAGGAAAGCGGUGCUGUGGCGUAGUGCAGUAUGACAGCAGACUUUCCGCACGAGUGACAGUCCUGAGAGCUUUCCUUGAACAUGUGCCCUGCGACUGGCCACAUGUGGGGACCGAAAGAUUUCGUGAAGGUCGUCAAUGCAAAACAAACGAAACAGACUUAGUAAGGC